AUGCUCGUCUUAGACUCUCACAAGGGCCUCUCGUUUGUGCUGAGUCAGCACGGGAAACACGAGAAAGUGGCAACGAACGGGUUUGACAGGCUCAACUGGGAUGUGCAUCUAGAUCCUAAGGAUGAAGAAGCUGAAGCAUCCAGCGGCACGGAAGAGGCGGCUGAGCCGAAGAAGCUUUCUAGAAAAAUGAAGAAAGAAUUGAAGCUGCAGAAGAAAGCAAACGCUCGCAGGUUAAGGCUGGCAAAGAGAGGUAUCUCAGAAGCAGUGCUGGAGAACACGGGGUUCAACGAGUACACAGCCAAGCAGGAGAUAAAGAGAAUCCACAACCGCAUCGUGAGCAGGAUGCCGCUGCAAGGUGUUAGCGACUUCAAGGUUUUCCACUAUGAGUCCAUUGCGUUCUACAAAUCCGACGUCGACCACCUAGUUCCUGGCGAAUGGCUCAAUGACAACAACAUAGCGUUGGUAUAUGAGCUACUAACAAAGUAUUUUCUCAAGGAGACUCCUUUUGGCCACGAGGUUCUCCUUCUAUACCCGUCACUCGUUCAAUUGUUUUUGCAUUAUCCUUCUGUCGAGGAGGUAGCUUCCAUCUUGCCUCAGAAGGAACUCAGCAAGCUGAAGCUUGUAUUUAUACCAUUUAAUUUCGUGGAUAGCAUGAUCGACUUGGAAGACGCCAACAACGGCGACCACUGGGCCUUGUGUGUAUUGAGCAUCAUGGAAAAAAGAUUGUAUGUAUUUGACUCGAUGUCUUCAGAGGAUGACCACGAGGACGAGAUGCUUCUACGCCAGCUUGCCAAGCGCCUCCAGAGUGCCAUAUUCAAGCCCAAGGAUACGUUAUCUGUGAUGAAGAUGCCUUGUGACCAACAAGACAACUUUGACGACUGUGGCGUGUUUUGUAUCAUGUUCACUGUGUACCUUGUGGCUCAGGUAAUAUCAGGCGAACCCAUAGAUAUUGACAUUCGUGACGUCAACUUCAACGCUCUUAGUGGGCGUUUGUUCAUGAUGGAAUUGGUCAAGAGGCUCUCCGAGAAGGACGGACCGAAUUAA